UUUAGACCACUUAUUAGUAGGUGGGAUCACGCCUUAGCUGAACCUUCUCUGGCCUACAACACUGCCGAUUCCGAGGAAAUGCGCCCCGGUCCAAGGAGGCUGCGGCCCCGGAACUUUCAGCCACCCCACAAUAUGCCUUCACUGAGCAGGUCUCUAGCAAGCUGAGCAGGUUGAUCGUUUCCACCCUCCAAGAGCAGCUUUAAAAGGUCUAUCAAAGCCCUUCCGCAAAUUACAAGCGCACUGUAUUUCACUUCUUCUUCGUACCUUCCCUAUUUUUUGGUCCUCCAACAAUAUGCCUAGCACACGCCCCGUAACGCUUGUACAUUGCCCUCUCACGUCCCUGAGCGCAAUUCCAAAUCCCGUCGCUCAUCAAGUAGUGGAUCACUUCGGAGUUGAUGUGGGCUCUCCAUCAAACGUUACCAGGUUCGAGCUGCAAGUGAAACCAGACAAGAAGACUGUACAAUUGCGUACCACCAAAGGCGCAGAACAAGGCUUGUACCAAAAUGCUCGAGUUUUGCUAUUCGAGACCAACAUCACGGGGGAAACAUCUCUUUCGGACGAUGAAAUCGAGCUCAUAGCGAAAAGGUUGAUACAGGAGCAUGGUGACUACCGCCUUCUCUGGAACAAUUGCCAGACAUGGGCUUCCUAUCUUUUCAAUGAAAUCACUGACGUGAGGGGCCACCUAGGCCUGAAGGUGUCCGCCAUGGUGUCAAAGCCCUUAUUAUCAUUAUAUAGUAAAAUAUUUUAAGCGUUAAGUAUUAAGGACACUAGAAUAUAAUCUAAUAAGUACGAGGCUCUUUAAGUAGCUAUUAACUCGUUAUGCGAUAACUUUAUUUUUCUUAUCCUCU